AUGGAUCAGAAUCAGGCUAUUCCGGAGCUUCCAGAUGAUUCUCUUUUAGAUUCCAUCAACAAGAAGUUGGAAGCAUUGUCUUCUCUUUCAAAAGACUGUUGUAUCUAUAAGGUACCUGAGAGGCUACGGAGAUUGAACCCAGAUGCGUAUUCGCCUCGCAUUAUAUCCAUUGGGCCCUUACAUCACGGUGAAAAAGAACUUGAAGCCAUGGAAGAUCAUAAAAUGAGGUACCUGAAAUGUCUUGUUCCUAAAACAUCCUUAAGUUUAGAGGGCAUGAUUGAAGUUGCAAAGACAUGGGAAGCAAAAGCUCGUCUCUGUUAUGCUGAAGAUAUAAAACUUAGUAGCAAUGAAUUUGUGAAGAUGUUAAUCGUUGAUGCAGGCUUCCUAGUAGAACUUCUUUUAAGGUCUCCAGAUGAUGUAGACGACAGUAUGCUGGAUAGGAUCUAUGGGAAGCAAAAGAUGAUUGUCGAUGUGAACCACGACAUUAUGUUACUUGAAAAUCAGCUUCCAUAUUUUGUUGUAAAGAAGAUGUUUGGAUUGCUAGAUGGUGGCCACGGACGGGGACUUCCUCUGAUUCCAAUCAUCCACGGCCACUUCAAGAAAUACUGGAUGAGCAUCCCUUCAUUUUCAACAAGCAUUUCUGAUUCAGAGACCUGCCAUUUCGUUGACCUUCUGAGAUCUAUUCACCUGCCUUUGUCUUUGAGUUUACCGGGAAAAAGCAUGAAGAUGAUGGACUCUACACUGAGUGCGAAAGUGAUUCAAAAUGCGGGCGUGAAGCUCAAGCCUGCCGACAGUAGCACCCCACCACUCGACAUAAGGUUUGCCGAUGGAGUUCUCACGAUUCCCAAAAUCAAAAUCAGUGACAUCACAGAAGCUCUAUACAGAAAUAUCAUCUUGUUUGAGCAAUGCCAUCGUUUAAAGGCUUACUUCAGCGACUAUAUGAUGUUCCUCAGUUGCUUCGUAAGGUCCCCCAUGGAUGCUGAAUUGUUCAUCGACCAAGGGAUCAUCGUGAACAGGCGAGGAAAUGCAAAACACAUUGCGAGCCUGUUCGAUCGCGUAUUGAAGGAGACAACUCAGACGAGUUACAGCACGUUUUACUAUCAGACCGUCUAUGACAAUCUACAGGCGCAUUGCAACACGACUUGGAACAAGUGGCACGCAAUUCUAAGACGUGAUUAUUUCCACAAUCCUUGGUCAAUUGCUUCUGUUGUGGCUGCUGUUGUUCUUCUCCUACUUACUUUCAUGCAGGCUCUAUGCUCUUUUUUAGCCUUGUGA